AUGGAUGAUUUCACUCCACCAGAUUCCAACGCGCGACAGACGCAGCCGCACUCGACGAAUCGUCAGCAGGUAAUAGCCCCAGAGCUAGAAGACUACUCCCCUGCAGAAGACCCUGGUCACCACCUCAUCGACACUCCGCUCACUGUUCCAGCUGGUGAGGCUGGGGCCGAGGAAAUCCAGCCUAGCAUGUGGGCCACUUAUGUGAAGCAACUUCCUUGGAAAGUUGCCCGCCAUGGCAAGUUUAUCAAAACCGAUGCCAUUAAAAUGCUCAAGGAAGCCCCCUCUAGAAGAGAGCCUGUCCAACGAUCUUCAACGGGAUAUACUGGAAAAAGAUUGGACGAGCGCAUCGGCACUCAGGCAGCCAAUGUUGAGUCCGUUCUUAUUCAAAUCGUCGGGGAGACCUCCUACCAAGAGUGCACCAACUGCCUCAAGAACAAUGGGCCUUGGGCCCAUUGCAUUCGGUACGAUAAUAUCAACUGGACGGUCUCCGCCGGAGAAACACCGUCGAUUGCUUGGAAGUAA